ACGUGACGUCAGCGGUGAUCCCGGACUAACGGAGCCUGUCUCGCGCGCUGAGCUCGUGAUUCAGAGCGGGUUCGUGUCGUGUGGCAUCUCUCCCGGACGUGCUCCGGUAGUACGGUGACAGAACAUGGGGAACACGCCCGGUACGACUCUGGAGGAGCUGAGCGCCUGCGAGUCUCAUCAGUGGUACCGGAAGUUCAUGACCGAGUGUCCGUCCGGUCAGCUCACCUUCUACGAGUUCAAGAAGUUCUUCGGUCUGAAGAAUCUGUCCGAAACAUCCAACGAAUACGUCACGACCAUGUUCAAGACCUUCGACAUUAACGACGACGGCUGCAUUGAUUUCAUGGAGUACGUGGCCGCUCUGAGUCUGGUUCUGAAGGGUGGUGUUCAGCAGAAGCUGUGCUGGUACUUCAAGCUCUAUGACGUGGACGGCAGCGGAUGCAUCGACCGCGAGGAGCUGCUGCUCAUCUUCAAGGCCAUUCGAGCUAUUAAUGGAGUCGAGCAGGAGAUCUCUGCAGAAGAGUUUACAGACAUGGUGUUUGACAAGAUCGACCUCAAUGGAGAUGGUCAACUCUCUCUGGAUGAGUUUAUGGAGGGCAUUCAGGCAGACGAGGUUCUGUUGAAGAUGUUGACUCAGAGUUUGGACCUGACUCAUAUCGUCAAAAAAAUCUACAGCGAUAUCAAUUCUGACCAGCAGUGCCACUGAUCCCAGACCAGGUGAUGGUGAUGAAGAUGAUGGCUGAUGUGCUGGUUCUGGAGAGGGUUUUUAGCAGCUUGUUUCUCCUGGUCUAUUUCUCAUCUUAAAAGCUGAACUUUACCAUUGAGUGAAGAGGUUUCAAUCCUCUCCGCAUCAGAUUUUACCAGUAUUUACCGUGUUUUACUGUGUUACUCUCAGCUGGACUGAAUUUCAAAAGCCAACAGCAGAUUUUUCUCCUGUAAUCUCACAGAAUAAUGUUAGCAACUGAUAUUACAGCAAACCCUCAUCAAGUGCACUUAUACACACCAAAACCUUGAAUCAAAAUACAACACUCUUCAGUCCUGUGAUGUGUUUAUAUAUAAAGGGAAUAACAUGUUAUUUAUGUA